UCGGAGACGUACCCAAUAGAAAUGUGACUUAUGACAGCUUGGAAUGGUGUGUUCAGCGUAAACAGAGUAUUUACUAUUUUUGUCCAGAACACAUUGUUAAAAAUACAUUUUUUCCCAAUGGAAAAGUCAUAUUGACCUAGGCUUAAGUCAUCUCCCUCGUAAAGAGUGACGAGGAGGUCAAACGGAUCUUAAUAUGCGGGUGUCAUUGGACAUUUAAAGGAUGAUUUGGGGAAAGUAUUUUAUGGUACUGCGGUGCUGCACAUGGAGACCGAGCAGGUUGCCAAAGAGGAGAUACAGCUUUCUUCCUGGUGAUGAUGUGAAAUCACUGAGGUCUGUUGUCAGCCCGGAUGUAUCCAAGAUCCGCAACAUCGGCAUCAUGGCCCACAUCGACGCGGGAAAGACGACGACCACGGAGAGGAUGCUUUACUACUCGGGCUACACCAGAGCGCUGGGAGAUGUGGACGACGGCGACACUGUGACGGACUUCAUGGCUCAAGAACGGGAGCGCGGUAUCACCAUCCAGUCAGCGGCGGUGACCUUUGACUGGAAAGGUCACAGGAUCAACCUGAUCGACACGCCGGGUCACGUUGACUUCACUCUGGAGGUGGAGCGGGCUCUUCGAGUUCUGGACGGGGCCGUCGCCGUGUUCGAUGCGUCUGCGGGCGUCGAGGCUCAGACGCUGACUGUGUGGAGGCAGGCACAGAAGCAUCACAUCCCGUGUGUUUGUUUCCUGAACAAGAUGGACAAGCCUGCAGCCAAUCUCAGUUUCUGUCUGGAAAGCAUCAGGCAGAAGUUGAAAGCCAAUCCCAUCCUGCUCCAGCUUCCCGUCGGCAGUGGGAGGAACUUCUCCGGUGUGGUGGACUUGUUGACCAAUCAGAGGCUGACGUGGAAGCCGACGGACGACGGGCGUGUUUUUGACACCAGCCCCUUUAGUGCGUCCCAGGAAGAGGAGGCGGAGCUCCUGCUGGAAGUCCGCCGGGCCAGAGCUGCGUUGAUUGAGCAGGUUGCAGAUCUGGACGACGACUUUGCGGAACUGUUGCUGACCGACUUCGGGGACAAUUUUGACGCCGUUCCGUACGUAAAACUCCAAGAGGCAGUGCGUCGGGUCACUCUGACCCGUAAAGGCGUUCCGGUGCUGUGCGGAAGCUCUUUGCGCAACAAAGGCGUUCAACCGCUUCUGGACGCUAUCACAGCCUUCCUUCCGUCGCCCGACGAAAGACCUCGCGACCUGGUGCGCUGGUACAAAGACGACUUGUGCGCUUUGGCCUUCAAGGUUCUCCACGACAAGCAGCGCGGCCCUCUGGUCUUCCUUCGGAUCUACUCGGGAACGCUGCGAGCGCAGACGGCGGUGCACAACAUCAACAGGAACGGCACCGAGAGGAUGAGCAGACUACUGGUGCCUUUUGCCGACCAACACGUGGAAAUCUCCUCGAUGACGGCGGGAAACAUCGCCCUGACCGUCGGACUCAAACAGACAGUGACCGGCGACACCAUCGUCGCCUCCAAAGCGUCGGCGGUAGCCGCCGCCCGCCGAGCACAGACUGAAGGCCGGGCAGGCGUGGUUCUAUCCGGGGUGGAGGUCCCCGACCCAGUCUUCUUCUGCACCAUCGAGCCGCCCACCCUGGCCAAACAAGCUGAUCUUGAGAAUGCGCUGAACAACCUCCAGAGAGAAGAUCCCAGUCUCAAAGUUCGGAUGGACCCGGAUUCCGGACAGACGAUUUUGUGCGGGAUGGGGGAGCUGCACAUCGAGAUCAUCCACGAUCGGAUACGAAGGGAGUACGGCAUCGAGACCCAACUGGGCCCUUUGCAGGUGGCCUACCGGGAGACCAUCCUCCGUCCGGCUUCAGCCACAGACACUCUGGACCGCACGGUGGGCGAUAGGAGACACGUGGUGACGGUGGAGCUGGCCGUCCGACCCGGCGAGGACCUCGGUGCUGCCGGGUCGUGUCAAGUGGCGUUCCUGGAGGAAGCCGCUGGGACCUUGUCACAAGACAUGAGGGAGGCAGUGGAGAACGGAGUGCAAAGCUCGUACCUCCAAGGUCCACUGGUGGGCUCUCCUCUCCAACGCGUGUCUACACUGAUCCAACGCGUCAACGUGGAAGCUGGAACGUCUCCGGCCAUGGUUUCCGCCUGCGUGUCCCGUUGCAUGCUGAAGGCUCUGAGGCUGGCCGGGGGGCAGAUUCUAGAGCCCGUCAUGUCUAUGGAGGUGACGGUGGAGGAGGAGCACUUGGGGACCGUGUUGGGCGACCUGGCUCAGAGGAGAGGCACGAUCCGGGACAUCCGGAGUCGCCACGAGGACAAGGUGCUGCUGGCCAGCGUCCCCCUGGCGGAAACCAGGGGCUAUUCCACCGCCCUGCGAACAUUGACCUCGGGGAAGGCCACCUUCUCCUUGGAGUUGGACACCUACGAGGCCAUGAGCGCGCAGGAGCAGAACGCGCUGCUGAAGCGAAUGGCCGGCUUGGCGUGACUGGAUGUUGAUUUGGACCAAAGACGCGGCAGCUGAAAGAACUCUGUACCACUCGGCUGACUUUGGCGGGAUUCAAGCCUCCGAGCUAAGAGGCUGCCUGAACAAUGAUAAUAAUAAAAAAGUGUACGCCAGCUCAA